CACACUGACACGCACACACGCGCACACACACACAGACACACGUACGCACGUGCGCGCGCGCGCGCUAGCUUCUGGUGAAAAUGGGUUUUUGGCACACCUCUGACGUCAUCUAGUCAGCAUAUUGCCUUUAAUAAGAAGGUUGAAGGUUGGCUUGAAACAUUAAUUGGUGUCGGACAUUGUUAACAUCUCCAUCGGCCCGUCCUUAGGGGAUGGUGAUUGUGUUGUCAUGGUUUCAGUCAUGAUGUCGGCAGGUUUGAUACAGCAUCUUUCCGUCUGUCUGCAUCCGCAGUAAAAGCGCACUUGGGGAUGGAGAAAGCGACAGCCUGAAGGAGCGCAAUUUCUGCACACGGGGAGAAAUUACACCAGCUGGGCUUCAGCGUUCCUCUCUUCGCGCAUCGGGUUUUUAAAGGGACGUACCGUUUAUCAUGUCUGCGAAGGAAAGACUCAAAGGCAAGAUGACCAAAGACAGCGUUACCUUGCUGCCCUGCUUUUAUUUCGUGGAGCUCCCGAUUCUGGUGUCCUCUGUGGUCAGCUUAUACUUCUUGGAGUUGACAGAUAUUUUUAAGCCAGUGCGUUCGGGCUACAGUUGCAAUGACCGGAGUCUCAGCAUGCCUUACAUUGAGCCCACAAAGGAGGUCAUCCCCUUCCUCACGCUCUUCAGUCUGGCUUUCGCCGGGCCAGCGGUGACGAUUAUGAUUGGAGAAGGGAUCCUGUACUGCUGCUUGGCCAGAAGAAACAUUGCCAUCAAAACAGAGGCUAACAUAAAUGCAGCUGGCUGCAAUUUCAACUCUUACAUCCGAAGAGCUGUGAGGUUUGUGGGGGUCCAUGUGUUUGGCCUGUGUAUCACAGCACUCAUCACAGAUAUUAUCCAGCUGGCCACAGGAUACCAUGCCCCCUACUUUCUCACUGUGUGCAAGCCCAACUACACCAGCCUCAACACUUCCUGUGAUGAGAACUCUUUCAUUGUGGAUGACAUCUGCUCUGGGCCUGAUCCAGCGGCAAUAAAUGCUGGCAGGAAGUCCUUCCCAUCUCAGCACGCCACUCUGGCAGCUUUUGCGGCUGUGUACAUCUCCAUGUACUUUAAUGCCACUCUGACUGACUCAUCCAAGCUCCUGAAGCCACUCCUGGUGUUUUCCUUUAUCAUCUGUGGCAUUAUCUGUGGCCUGACUCGCAUCAUUCAGUUCAAGAACCACGCCGUGGAUGUCUACAGUGGCUUUCUCAUUGGAGGGGGCAUAGCCAUCUACCUGGGUCUGUAUGCAGUCGGAAACUUUAAACCUAGUGAAGACACAUCCCUGAAAACACAUGUACAUCCUCCUCUCCGACAACCGCAGCCACCGCAACCUCCACCACAGCCCCAGCCUGUGGUGCCUCCACCUGCCAUGCGGGAACCUCUGAGACCUUUACCAAACCUGAACACAGAUCCACCACGCUUACUUCCACCUAAGAGCCUGAGCAUGCGCGAGCGUCCCACCUCAGCUCGCUCCGAGAGUAUCCUCCUACGUGGCCCAUCCCACAGAGAGAACAUGUCCAGUUUGAAAAGGGCAAGCACAGAGGUAGAGUGCAUUACGCCACCCAGUCCCCUCUGCAAGGAGAGUUUUGUGACAUUCAGUAACACCUUGCCCCGGGUGCACUCAACUGGAAUUGAAGAACCAGUGCCUCGUCGCCAUGCUGCUAUCCAUGCCUCCAUGGACUCCACACGUUCCAAGCAGCUGCUGUCACAAUGGAAGACCAAGAAUGAGAACCGCAAGCUGUCUCUUCAGGUGAUGGAGGCCGAGGCUGGACAAUUGUCUCCCCAGCGAAACAUGGAGCUCCGGUGCAGCUCUGAACCCUCAGCCAUGGGCUUAGAUGGUGAGCUCCGUGGUGGACCUCCUGGACAGUACAUGAAGCUAGCUGCUAGUGCUUUGCCAUUAGCUAAUAAUAGCUCUGGUGGCCUAACUGCUGGCGCUAGGGUAUCAAUCCAGUCACGACCAGGAUCAUCCCAACUUGUGCACAUCCCUGAGGAGACCCAAGAGAACGUGAGCUCCUCACCUCAGGAGGAUGAUGGGGAGGUGAAUGAUGGUGGGGGAGGUGGCGGGACUGCACGGUCAAAAUGGCUGAUGGUGGCAGAGAAGAGUACCGCCUGUCGGACUAACAGCCAGCCACGUAUCAUGCAGGUCAUCGCAAUGUCCAAGCAGCAGGGCAUGUUGCACGGUAGUCCUAAAAGUGAAGGCAGCACCGUGAGUUGUACCGGAUCCAUCCGUUACAAAGCCCUCAUGGAUCAGGAACCCAACAUUGUUCGAGUGGAGGCCCACCCUGAGAACAGGCCCAUGGUUAAACCACCAUCUACAGAUGGCAGUGGGUCCUGGAGGUGGAAACCGCAGGAGCGGGGCAGCAUCCGGCAAUCCCUCGAACUCAACGACUUAAACCGGGACUCCGAAAGCUGCGAGUCAUUGAAAGAUGGCUACGGCUCCAUAGAUGGCAACCGGAGCCUACCUGACAUGAGCAACCCCCAUCAUCCCCAUUUCCACCAUCACCACCACCAACAGAGUAUCACCACUAUCCGAGUCACACCGGUGGAAGCCAGCAGUGAAGCCACCUCGGAAACUCUCUCCACCACCUCCAGUCGAGACUCCACACUACGCAGAAAAGGCAACAUCAUACUGCUCCCCGACAGAGGACCUAGUCCUGAUAAUGCCAGAAACCUGCCUCACUUUUUCAAACCCUCUCCUACACCUCCCCCCAUUUUGACUUUCAAGGAGUGAAAGAAAUCUCUUUCCAUUCCAAUCCUAAGAGUUACCUUGCUCUCUGAACUGAAGAUUGGAGGCUCUGUUAGGGGACUGAGUAGAGCCGGUCAUUCUGCAUAGAUCUACAUUCCCUGACAGUUAGACACAACUGCACUCUCCAGAACAUGUAAGGCAACAUUGUGCAUUGUCAAUCUACAUUCUGUAGGACUCGUUACUAUAACAUAAGCACAAAAUGUGAAAUUUGGGGCUUUUUGGUAAAGGUGAUUGUUUGAUUUGCCUAUUUCAUUUGGAUUAGCUUCGAAUCCAUUGUCUUAUCGGAAUUGUCUGUUGUCUCAUGGCAACGUGGGUGCUUUUAAAACUUUGUAAAUUUAUAAAUAUUUUCUCAAUAUAAAUAUUUGUAUGUAUUCUGGACAGCUCGAUCACAUUUUUCAUGCUUAGGGAUAAUAAUUGUUUUCACUAUGUCGAUAUGAAAUAUUUUAGCCACGCUUUAAAUCAGACUCUUUAGACAAAUAGGAGAAUGUUAUUGUGAUGUUUACAGAGGGAUUUAGCAACCAUGUAUUAACCAAAUGGAUGUUUUGUUUAGGGGGCUUGUUUAACCAUAUGCACUUAGUGUUUUGGUGACCAUGAAUGAGCUAUUUUCAUUCAAACAGCUGAAAGUGCUCUUUGCUGGCAUAGAGACAAUGAAUUUAUAGAGACUCAGCCUUUGGCAUUGUAAUGCAGAGAACAAUACAUUCUUCAGACAUUAAUGUCAUAUUGCCUUUGUGUAAUAUAAACUUUUAUUUGGUUCCAUAGGCCAAUGAGCACUAUUUCGCUUUGUGCUUUGAGUACAGGUAUAAUUGUGUUUUAUGGCCCAUUGCUCUAUGUUUACAGUGAUGUAUUGUGCAUCAUUUUCUUAGUUGUCCCCCCAUUUUGCCUGGCAGAAUGGGGUUAUAUAGCUACUGAGGUGCAUCGUCCUCUUCAUUUUUAAGAGUGUGGGCAUAAACAAAUGACUCAUACUUCACUGCACAUUGCAGAGAAGCAUACACAAUAUGAGAGCAAUAGGAGGCCCCCAAGGUACUAGUGGGAAUUUAUUGCUUAUUUUUGUAAACGUCUAAAAAAAUACUAAUAAUCAUAUUCAUAGAGUGCCUCAAAAAAUAUUAUAUGCCUAUUAGCUAGUGAUAACUUAGCUCCUUCUUGCAGUAACUAUACAAAAAUGUUGCAGAUGUAAUGAUUACGGUGCAGAAUUGACAGAUGUUCACUGACUUUGCUUUAAAUAACCAAAACGGGCACAGUCACGCCAUAAUGACAAGUGUUGCAUAAACUAAGAACUAAGGAUUCGUCCUGUGUGGCGUGUGUAUUUCUAAACAGUGCUAAACUGUGUAUUUGUAUUUCUAGCUCAUUGUUUACAUCCUUGUUAGGACCACAUUGUUAUAUAUACAUAAUAUUUGUAUAUAUUAUGUAAUAUAUUUAUAUAUAUAUAAAUAUUGCCAAAUAAGAAUGUAUGUUGAGCAAGGUGACAGAUACAUGCAGUUAAUUCAUGUACAGUGUCAUUUUUAUGAUGUUGGUUAUUUUUGAUUUUUUUUUUUAUUGAACUAAGACUAUAUAUAUAUACACACGCACACACACACGCAUAUAUAUAUAUUUUGAUGUGUCUGUUAAGAAUGAAUCCGAACCAACACAUUUUGAAGUUUCAUAUAUGCUUGUACAGUAUAAAUGUACCCCACAUUAUGGCUUUAACCUGUCCUUAAAUAUGCAUGGUGACUUAAAACUGUAAGUACUGUAACUAAAGGAUUUGUUUUGUUUUGCUUUGCUUUUCAUUAUUUUUAUUUU